AUGGCGUUUCACCAUUUGAUGCGAAUUCAAGGCUUACAGUCCUCUACACUGUCGCUUAUUCUUCCAUGUCUUUCAUCACAAUUACUACGAGGAGAAUGCAAGAGAUUAUGGCUCGACAAGGGUAAGCAGGGUGGUAAUCAGCAAAAUCCAGAGCAAGAGAAACAACAGGAUGAUGCUAGAAGUGAAGCUGAUGAACAUAGACAAAUGAUGCUUAGUCAAAUAUUGUCUUCCCAAGCCAGAGAGAGAAUUGCUCGAAUUGCCCUGGUAAAACCUGAGAAAGCUAGAGGUGUAGAGGAUGUUAUUUUGAGGGCUGCUCAAAUGGGACAGAUAGUUGAAAAGGUUUCUGAGGAGCGGCUUAUUACACUGUUGGAACAAAUAAACAGCCAAACUGCAAAACAAACGAAAGUCACGAUCCAUAGGCGCCGCGGGGUGGAUGACGAUUAGGAAGAAGGAUAUUAUGCUGUACUCUGAACAUCUAUGGGGCAUCUCACUAUUGAAUAUUAUUGUGAAACUAAAGGUAUCACACGACAUACAUAGAUGAUUGAAUGUGAAAAUGUAUUUAAUUUAUGGUAAAGGAAUUGAUCAUUCAACCUAUCAGAACCUUGGGGAUAUCUUUAAUAGAUUAAUUAGUUAUUUAUGUAACUAA